UUUUUACAGAAGAAUACAUUGUAUAAGACAGCAUCCAUUACGAACUGUAUGUGGAAGGGAAAGAGAAAGUGGAAGGGGUGCCUUUCUCCAGAGUAGGUACGACUAAAAACCUGCUUGAAAGAGCUCUUCUGUACAGCAAGGACUCUAAAUAUAGUUAGUACAAUAUCGAGACUUGCAAGAACAACAUCUCGCGAGCGCACAAGAAAUCUUGUUCUAUUAUUCUAUUUAUCUAAUCAUCUUUUAUCCUAUUCAUUGAAGUCAGCGCUGCAUUGCAAGAAUCAUCAUCCAAGUAUUAUCCUAAAUAUUAUAGUGCUCUGAUGGACAAAAGUGACCAAAAUGACGGAAAAGUUACCGGAUAAUGUUUCUGUGGAAGACGUAGCGGAAGAACGAAUGCGCAUCAUUCUUAAGGAAGGUGCUGAGACUCCGAUGAAUUUCGAAUGUGUAAAACCAGAAUUACCAUCGUUUUACGAUGAGAAAAAAUUUCGGCUUGGGCAGCAAGCCUUCUACAAUAAUAUCUUUUCUAUGAUGAUCGCGAAACUUUGCGGUUUAGUAUCUCUCCUAGCAAUUUCGACCAUACUUAAGGUAGUUAUGUUCACCAAAAAAAGCGGAACUCCUUGUUUGGCUUAUCGUAGAUAUGCAUCGACAGUUCUUCAUACAAUUGUAUGGCAUGAAAAGGAUCCUCACGGAAAGCCCAACGAAUUCUUGGAGUCCUUGAAAAUCGUGCGGAGAAAACACUGUGUUGCAUUCCGGCAAAGUACUGAGGCUGGCGUUCAUAAAGCAACGCAAUUGGAUAUGGCACUCGCUCAGUUCGGAUUCAUUGGAUAUACUAUGAUAAGCGGAGAAUAUUUAGGAAUAAAAACUACUUCUGAAGAAAUGGAAGGCGUAGUGCAUCUCUGGAGAGUCAUCGGGAGCAUGCUUGGGAUGGACGAUAAAUUCAACCUUUGUACGGGAACAGUUGAAGAAACUCGCGCUCUUUGCCAAAGAGUAUUGGAAGAUGUGUUCAUGCCCUCUCUGGCGAAAAAGAAUGAAUACUUUGAAGAAAUGGGCAACGCGAUGUUAGAGAGUCUCUGGCCCAUCAACUUCAAUAUUGAACCACUAGCAUUCACAGCAUUCACACUUUAUCUGGCCUCUUCGACUGCACGUAACAAUAAUCACUCUAUCGAAAUAGAUACUUCGACCAUGCCAUUUUACAGCUGGUACCUGUUCAAUCUGCAACAUUUUGUGCUGAAAUACUUAAUGCGACCUAGUGCUUGGUGGUCUUCAAUUUUCCGCGCAUUUUUUAAUGCUUUAAUGCGUUUGUCGAUCUUCUUAUUGGAAAAAUAUCCCUUUCUCGCUUAUUGGAAAUUUGGAAAGGAAUAUGCUAAUGUUAGUAUUUUUCAUUAUCACUUCGAUUGAAUACUUAAUCGAAAUAAGGAAAAAUAUCAAGCUUUAUAAAAUUACAUUCAAAUUAUGAAAUUCCAUGUAAAAAAAA